GGAGUAUUAAGACAAGUGCUUUUUUCGCUGCCUCGGUUCGCUUCACGUAGUCGCCAAAAUGGGUAAUGAAGCGUCGCUGCCGAUGGAGAUGUGCUCGACUUUCGACGCGGAAGAAAUCAAGCGGCUGGGGAAGCGAUUCAAGAAGCUGGACCUGGACAACUCGGGCUCACUCUCCAUAGACGAAUUCAUGUCCCUGCCGGAACUACAACAAAAUCCUCUAGUUCAGAGAGUCAUCGAUAUCUUCGACACUGACGGCAAUGGAGAAGUCGACUUCAAGGAGUUUAUCCAGGGAGUUAGUCAGUUCAGCGUGAAGGGAGACAAGGAAGGCAAGCUUCGGUUUGCCUUCCGAAUCUACGAUAUGGACAACGACGGAUACAUCUCGAACGGAGAGCUUUUCCACGUGCUCAAAAUGAUGGUUGGGAACAACUUGAAAGAAGCGCAGUUGCAGCAAAUCGUCGACAAGACGAUUCUGUUCGCAGACAAGGAUGAAGACGGCCGCAUCUCAUUCGAGGAGUUUUGUUCCGUCGUGGGAAAUACGGAUAUCCAUAAGAAGAUGGUCGUAGACGUUUAAAAGCAACAUCGCAACAACAUUUGUAUCGU